CUUGACAAUUUGACAUUUGUCAAAGUCAGAAAAAGUAAAAUUGCUUAUUUGUUCUCAUAUUUUCUGAAUUUGCAGAAAUAAAUGGGAAAGAGUGUGUCUAGUUUAAUUGAAUUUGUUAAAAAGACGCAUUCUCAUUAAAACACAUUUUUAUGGUGUAUGCUAACUCGUUAGAGGCAGGAUCUUAGUUUUUUUAGUAGUGCGCGCCGGUGUAUGAAACUGUGAUCAUGGCGAAUCAGUCGUCAGGCGUUGUUGUGCCGAGGAACUUCCGUCUUCUGGAAGAGCUGGAGCAAGGUCAGAAGGGAGUCGGCGAUGGCACUAUCUCGUGGGGUUUGGAGAGCGACGAUGACAUGACCCUCACCCACUGGACUGCCAUGAUCAUUGGGCCACCUAGGACUCCUUAUGAAAAUAGGAUGUACUCACUUAAAAUUGAAUGCGGCACACGGUACCCUGAUGAGCCGCCUACAGCUAGAUUUAUAUCUCGGAUCAAUAUGAACUGCGUCAACAGCCAGACUGGCCUUGUGGACAAUAGGCAAGUCCCGAUUCUGGCAAGAUGGCAGCGCGAUUACACCAUCAAGACAGUUCUGCAGGAGCUGCGGCGCCUCAUGACCCUCAAGGAGAACAUGAAGCUGUCUCAGCCGCCAGAGGGCAGCACCUUCUAAACACUCACUGACUCAUCAUACCCAAUCUACAUCAACACUUCUUCAACUCCCACUUGUCUAUUUUAAAAUUCACUCUCAAAUAUUCCAAGUUUUUUUCACUAAGUACGCAUUUAUUCUUUGUUAAACCAACUCUUCUUUUGUUGAGUAGGUUGGGUCGCUAUGUACUUGUACGAAGGGUCUCAACACCUCGUAUCUACCCUUGUAGCGGUAGCACCCUUUUAUUUAUCAGCAUAUUACCUAAAUUGUUGUGGCCUUUUGAGAAAAGUUUAACUUGCUUUGGUAUUAUUAAGGCUAGAUUUACCUGCAUCUUAUUUUAGAUAAGCGAUCCUGUGCCCCUUCCAUGAGUACAAUAGAUAACAUAACUUGCAAGUUUUAAUGCUGUCUCCUUAUCAGCUUCGUUUAUAUCAUAGAAGUGGGCAUAUUAAUUUUGUAAUUUCUUAAAUAUAUUAAACCUUUAAAGGGUUCUUAUUCUUAUUUGUAUAAAAAAAAUCUAAUAGAAAAUACAGAAUUCAGCCUGAAGAUUGACUCUUUAUGGCUUACAAGAUCAAUGUUUCAAGUAUUGUAGGAAGAGUUUCAUUGCUAGGCACAUAAGGUGAAGUGCUGCUGGUUUCACAAGCUCCGCUUUUUGCUCCCAAUAAUUUACGAUCAGGCGCAUCAUGUAGUAAGUGAACACACAGCUACAAGUUGGUUCGGUUAAAUAUUGUGUUACUACUUCUCUUGACCUCUGUGUAUCCUCCGCGUGUAUAAUUAUUGUUACAAACCAAAUGCUAAGUCAAAUUGUUUCAUAGCAUUAAUAUUUUUACCAAUGUAUAACAAGCAAAGGUAAAUAAAUCAAAUAAUACUGUC